CGUCUGCUGAAAACUUGCUGCUCCGCUUUUUGGGGUUCCUGAGCUGGAAGAUGCCUGUCUAAGAUGGAAACUUCUGCUUCAACAGCUGCUGGGAAAAAAGAAGGGAAAGGUGCUGUUCUGGAGGGGAAUGGCUUUACAGAGACGGGGAAGAAACCCACUCCUUUAGCAGCAGCAGGAGCAGCAGUGGCACAAGGAGUGCCGCAGCACAUUUUUCCGGCCUUCCACGCUCCUUUGCCAAUUGACAUGCGCCACCAGGAAGGACGAUACCAUUAUGAACCUCACUCUAUCCACGCUAUCCAUGGGCCUCCUCCUCUGAGUGGCAGCCCCGUCAUCUCCGACAUCUCCCUCAUCCGCCUGUCUCCGCACCCUGCUGGGCCUGGCGAGUCGCCCUUCAGCCCGCCACACCCCUACGUGGCACCCCACAUGGAGCACUACCUCCGCUCUGUGCACAGCAGCCCCACGCUCUCCGUCAUCUCUGCUGCCAGGGGCCUCAGUCCCGCCGACGUGGCUCAUGAGCACCUGAAGGAACGAGGCCUCUUCGGGCUGCCCCCGCCACCACCGGGGGCCAACCCUGCUGACUACUACCACCAAAUGACGCUGAUGGCCGGCCACCCAAACCCCUAUGGAGACCUCCUCAUGCAGGGCGGGGGAGCAGCCAGCACAGCCCACCUCCACGAUUACCUCAGCCCCGUUGAUGUGUCCCGGUUUUCAAGCCCGCGGGUGACUCCAAGAUUAAGCCGGAAACGAGCCCUGUCUAUCUCCCCGCUCUCUGAUGCCAGCAUUGAUCUCCAGACAAUGAUCAGGACCUCCCCAAACUCUCUUGUGGCGUAUAUCAACAACUCCAGAAGCAGUUCAGCAGCAAGUGGCUCCUACGGCCAUUUAUCUGCCGGGACGAUCAGUCCAGCAUUCAGCUUCCCCCACCCGCUUAACCCCGUGACGUACCAGCAGAUCCUGACGCAGCAAAGAGGCCUGAGCUCAGCCUUUGGACACACUCCUCCCCUGAUCCAGCCAUCCCCAACCUUCCCCCCGCGGCAGCACAUGGCAGUCAUCUCUGUGAACCCAUCACCAGCACAGAGCAGCAGCAACAGCAACUGCAUCUCCGACUCCAGCCAGAGCAAGCAGAGCAGUGAGUCGGCCGUGAGCAGCACCGUCAAUCCAGUAAUUAACAAACGCAGCAAAGUCAAGACUGAAGUUGAGGGCUUGCCCCCAGUGUCCCCAAACACACAGGAGCAUCUGACAGACCUGAAAGAAGAUCUUGAUAAGGAUGAAUGUAAACAGGAGCCUGAGGUUAUUUAUGAGACUAACUGUCACUGGGAAGGGUGCACAAAGGAAUAUGACACUCAGGAGCAGCUCGUCCAUCACAUCAACAACGAUCACAUCCACGGGGAGAAGAAGGAGUUUGUCUGCCGCUGGCAGGACUGCACACGGGAGCAGAAGCCCUUCAAGGCUCAGUAUAUGUUGGUGGUGCACAUGCGAAGGCACACGGGAGAGAAGCCACACAAGUGCACGUUUGAGGGUUGUUCCAAAGCCUAUUCCCGCCUGGAGAAUUUAAAGACACACCUGAGGUCCCACACUGGAGAAAAACCUUAUGUCUGUGAACACGAAGGCUGCAAUAAAGCCUUUUCCAAUGCCUCGGACAGAGCCAAGCACCAGAACAGGACACAUUCCAAUGAGAAACCCUACGUCUGUAAAAUCCCUGGCUGCACAAAGCGGUACACGGACCCCAGUUCCCUCAGAAAACACGUGAAGACGGUGCACGGACCUGAUGCUCACGUCACAAAGAAGCAGCGCAAUGAUGUUCACCCGAGGCCACCUCCACUCAAGGAAAAUGGGGACAAUGAGGCAAGCGCCAAGCAGAGCAGCAAGGUGUCAGAUGAGAGCCCCGAGGCCAACAGCACCACGAGGGGCAUGGAGGACUGCUUACAAGUCAAAACAAUAAAAACAGAGAAUUCUGUGAUGUGUCAGUCCAGUCCUGGUGGCCAGUCGUCAUGCAGCAGUGAGCCAUCACCCCUUGGCAGCACCAACAACAAUGACAGUGGAGUAGAAAUGAACAUGCACAGCGGGGGAAGUCUGGGAGAUCUGACGGCGUUGGAUGACAACGCUCCUGUCGUGGACUCAACGGUCUCAUCUGGUAACUCGGCAGUCAGCCUGCAGCUAAGGAAACACAUGACGACGAUGCAACGACUUGAACAGCUCAAGAAAGAGAAACUCAAGACAGUUAAGGAUUCCUGCUCAUGGGUGAGCCCAGCUCCACAAGCCAGAAACACCAAGCUGCCUCCCAUCUCAGGAAAUGGUUCUGUUCUAGAAAACAGUGGUGGUUCUUCUGCUAUGCUGCCUAACCCCAGAAUAAUGGAGCUGUCUGUCAACGAGGUUACAAUGCUGAACCAACUCAACGAGCGCCGUGAUAGUACAACAAGCACCGUCAGCUCUGCCUACACUGUCAGCCGCAGAUCCUCAGGGAUCUCCCCGUACUUCUCCAGCCGCCGUUCCAGUGAGGCUUCGCAUCUCGGGCACCGCCCCAACAACACAAGCUCUGCUGACUCCUAUGACCCGAUUUCCACGGAUGCCUCCCGUCGCUCGAGCGAGGCAAGCCAGUGCAGCGGGAUGCCGGGUCUGCUGAACCUCACACCAGCUCAGCACUACAGGCUGAAAGCCAAGUAUGCUGCUGCCACAGGGGGCCCUCCUCCAACUCCCUUGCCAAACAUGGAGAGGAUGACCCUGAAGAACAGGAUCUCGCUUAUGGAUGGACCAGACCCCACCUUGCCCUCCAUCCGCCUCCCGCCAGGCCCCAGGCGUUGCAGUGAUGGUAACACCUAUGGCUACCCAUCAGCUCCAGCAUUUCCCCAGGAGGUGCAGGGCAACUGCACAAGACGGGCAAGUGACCCAGUGAGGAGACCUCCUGGAGAUCCCCAGGCUCUUCCACGAGUUCACCGCUUCAACAGCACCAACAGUGUGAACCCCUUCCAUCCUGCACACCCCACGGACAGGAGGAAUUUUGGUCUCCAGAGCUACGGGCGCUCAGACGGGAGCCUGCCCCGGCACACGUACUCACCCCGGCCGCUGAGCAUCAGUGAAAACAUCACCAUAGAAACCAUGUCCGGAGAGACAGACGUGCCCAUUGGAGACGAUGACAUUAUGCUGCCAGAUGAUGUGGUACAGUACAUCAAAUCCCAGAGCAAUGGGACAGUGGCCGAGAGCACUUCCAUGGGCUACAGCAAUGAGAUGCAGAACUUCCAAGGAAGUGGGAAGCUGCAGCCUCCAGCCUUGCCCAGCCAGCGCAGAAUGGCAGUGGCUGAGGCAAACAUGAGCCACUUGGGGCCCAUGAUGGCAGAGUGUUCCAUGAGUUUUGAUACUUCUUCAGACAUGAAUAAAAAUAACAUGCCUGUCCAGUGGAAUGAAGUCAGCUCGGGCACAGUUGAUAUCAUGUCCAAUCAGUCAAAGCAGCAGUUUUCACAAGGGAACUUAGCGGUGGUCCAGCAGAAGCAGAACUUCAGUCAGUACCAGAACUACAGUCAGCAGAUGCAGCUUCCAGACAACAGCAUGAAUGCAACACAGCAGAGCUUUAUGCAGAGAAACAUGGGCAUGGAUGGGCAGAGGCUAAACUGCAUGCAGCUGCGGCAGCAGCCCAUGAGCCUAGGUCCCAGCAUGAACCCUGAUAUGGGCUUGCACGCGGGGUAUAACCAACCACAUCAGAUGCUGAGCCCCAGUGCAAUCAGUGGCAACCCAAGUCAGAUCUCUCCUAAUUGUAGCAACAUGGCAGCGAAGUCCGGACCCCACCUUCACCCUCAGCAAAUGGACAUGGCAACUGACCCUUCUUUGAUGGUCAGGAGCAACAGUGAGCGCACAGUGCUGGGACAGAUCAUGCAUGAACCGAGUCAGCAGAACUACGCAUCUCAGCCAAGCCACCUGAACUUCCCUGCGGCUCAGGAGACCUUUCCUCAGCCCAUCAUGACCUCCAGUCAGCCCAGUUUUGAGCCUCAGCAGAGCGUGAUGGGUUCAGCUGCACAUGCAUAUCCACCUGGCAUGAUCCAGCCUCGUCCUCCACCGGAGCCAAACCUGGGCAGCAGACCCCGAGGGGUCCGCACCGCCCAGCAGCUGGGCUACAUGAGAACUCCCCAUCCUACGAGCGCCAUCAGCCCUGGCCAGGAGACGACAGAGGCCAUGCAUAAAAGAACCAGUGACAUGUUGCUGGCUCCAGCCCAGCAGUGCGCAGAGGGCACGAGGGACAACAACUUGAUGUACUAUUACGGGCAAAUCCACAUGUAUGAGCAGAACAACGGCUUCGAUAACCACGCGGACUGCCGGGUCAGGCAGCAGCAGUGCACACAAAACAGCAAGCCAGCCACUCUGCCUUCCCCAGGAACAAACCAGGUGUCCAGCACAGUGGACUCUCAAGGUCUUGAGCCACCCCAGAUAGAUUUUGAUGCCAUCAUGGAUGAUGGGGACCAUUCGAGCCUGAUGUCAGGAACCCUGAGCCCCAGCAUCCUGCAGAACCUCUCCCAGAACUCCUCUCGCCUGACAACUCCACGAAACUCUCUGACACUGCCCACCAUACCUGCAGGGAUAAGCAAUAUGGCAAUAGGUGAUAUGAGCUCCAUGCUAACCACGCUGGCGGAAGAGAGUAAAUUUCUAAACAUGAUGUCGUAA